AUGGCGUCCGAAUCCUCCCCGCCGCCGGCGGAGGCGCCACCGCCGGGUCCGGGAGACAAGCUGGCGGUGUUCUGGCACGAGGGCAUGCUGGCCCACGACGCCGGCUGCGGCGUCUUCGACUCGGGCCGCGACCCGGGAUUCCUGGACGUGCUCGACCAGCACCCGGAGAACGCCGACCGCGUCCGCAACAUGGUCUCCAUCCUCCGCCGCGGGCCCAUCGCGCACUUCCUCUCCUGGCACUCGGGCCGCCCCGCCCACGCCUCCGAGCUCCUCUCCUUCCAUUCCUCAGAAUACAUAGAGCAGCUCGUGCAGGCGAACGCCACCGGAGCCAAGAAGCUGUGUGAGGGCACGUUCUUGAACCCGGGCUCCUGGGGCGCGGCGCUUCUAGCGGCCGGGACCACGCUCUCCGCCGUGAAGCACAUACUUGACGGGCAUGGGAACCUGGCCUACGCGUUGGUUCGGCCCCCUGGCCACCACGCGCAGCCCGACCAUGCCGAUGGUUACUGCUUUCUGAACAAUGCCGGACUUGCUGUGCAGCUGGCUCUGGAUUCCGGUCGUUCAAAGGUUGCCGUUGUGGAUAUUGAUGUACACUACGGGAAUGGUACCGCGGAGGGCUUCUAUCGCACAGACAAUAGUGGCUCCGUCGAUGAGAUUGGUGAAGGCAAGGGGCUUGGGUACAAUCUCAAUAUACCUUUGCCUAAUGGAAGUGGAGAUGCUGGGUAUGCAUAUGCGAUGAACGAGUUGGUCGUUCCAGCGAUUGAUAAGUUUCAGCCUCAGCUAUUGGUUCUUGUGAUUGGUCAAGAUUCUAGCGCGUUUGAUCCCAAUGGAAGACAGUGCUUGACCAUGGAAGGCUACAGGAAAAUUGGACAAAUAAUGAGGAGCCUGGCUAAUCGACAUAGCAAUGGUUGUCGAGAACGUUGGUGGGGCUCUGGCUUCGCUGUUGCUGGGACGGGAGGCGAGCACUCUGCCGCCUCCCUGGAUCUUGGUGGCAACGAUUUGGCGGAUACCGCGCUCCAGGGUACGCGCGGUGCCCUUGCUGCUGAGCCCUUCGUCGUGGCGCCUAUGCCCGAUGUUUUGGGUGAUGAAACCUUCGGCUCCGAGGGCAAUGGCGCUGGUGAUGGCGAUGCUUCUCUGCCCAGAGAGGGGGAGACCACUGGUACUGGCCUUCGCCAACCUACGACUAGUCUCGACGAGGUGUCCGAGGACAAGGGCGUAGGGUUUGAGGCCACUGGACACCAUGCCAAGGGUGUUGGAUGCUCAGACAGCGUCCCGAGUCCUUUGCAUCUUGGGGGCUUGACGGAGGCCCUUGGAAGGACUGAUGAGAACCUUGAUGACCCUUUAGGUGCCUCCGACAGCACAAUAAGUGGGUGGGCGGAUGUCCUUGAAGCUGUUUAUAAGGAUGCCGCCUUCGCCACCAUCUGA